GACGACAAAGGGACGAUCGAUCACUAGCAUCAGCGCCAUUAUACCAAACAUUGGAACCGCAGACAGAAGCAGACAGACAAACACGAACAGGGAUUCGAAGGAACAACUGGUAAGGAAUGGUUCCUCUCUUACUGAUCGCCGCUCUUGGCUUAGUGAAUGGCGCUUCGUACUCUGAUAUUCUCUCCGAGCUAAAUGGUCUGUACGACCUUGACCCCGGUUACUACGAAGAUAACCUUGUAAGCAGGAGCUCCCCUGGAGACUGGGGCAUGUCCUACAGGGAUGCCCCACUCAAUGAGCCUGAGCUGCUUGGAGAGGCCGCACUGAGGGACCAAGAGUACCUAGAACAGAGUCCUCUAUGGGGAUAUCAAUCUAUGUCAGGUGGAACUGGAGGUGGAAAAGAAAACCCCAAGGAAGUGAAGACAGACAAGGUCCUUCCAGCAUACUGCAAUCCCCCUAACCCUUGCCCCAUCGGAUAUAAAGCCGACGACAACUGCUUGGAAACAUUUGCCAAUACCCCCGAUAACAACCGGAACUUGAUGAAGCAGCAGGACUGUCCUUGUGACUCGGAACACAUGCUGAGCUGUCCCAAUGACAAGGGUCGCAUUAACACACAAUCACAAAGCACAGAUGAUAUCAGCAACAUGCUGCAGAGCAUCGACCUUGCCGAUUCCAUGGAGGAUAACAACCCCUAUUUCGGAUCCACUGAAGACAGGAUUUCCCGGGUCGCUAAAAAGAGUCCACAUAUGAUCAAGAAAAGGACGCCAGAGGAAUUCACCGGUGAAGUGCGAUCAGGGGAACCCAAAAGGCUGGCCAAGAAAAGUGGAACAGAAUACAAAAACCAGCAGAUAUUUCAGGACCUCCUGGAGGGCGAGUAUUAGACCACAGCAAAGUAGACGAUGGGACAACGAUGUACAAAAAAGGAGAAUUAAGUUAUUUAUUAAGAUAAAAUUCAUAACAAAAAGCAUUACUUGAAAGUUAGUAAAAUUUAAAUUUAUAUAUUCUUAUCAAAUAUCUUUAUUUCAAUUAUUCAUAACUCAGUAUAUCAUGAGUGACAUAUUUUUUAAAAUAAGAUCACGAAAUCGCCAUUUAAGUGAAUAAGCAUUUAUUCGAAUAACAAAUAAUUUAAAAAAUAUCAAAAGUUCAGGUAGAAGGAAUAUGUAGUAUGGGGGAUUCGUAACAUUUUUGUCAUUUUGUGUUGUGAUGAGAUGUUUAUGGGAAUGGCCCUGUGAAAGUGUAUUUGUUUUGACAUGGUAACUGGAAAGUUGCAUCUUUUAUCAUAAAGGAGGUUCUAAGCUGAACUAAAAUAAUCCUAUCUCUCGUUAUUAUGUGAUCGAUCCAGCAAUUGGAUCGGACUACAUUGUUCUGAUGAAUCUAUAAAAAUACAUUGAUAACUUGAUCAGUCAAACUUUUGUACGUAAAGCACGAUAGCCACCAUGUUGUGAUUGUGAUUUUCUGGACCUCCGAUCGUUUUUUGAUUCGUCACUGAAAACCUGUACAUUGAUUCACCUAGUACCUACUGGGGUUCUAUUGAAGAAGAUGAGCGUUAUGUGAAUAUCUGGGGAGGGCACGUUGGAGUUUGAUUGUGAUGUUGACAGAGAGAAUGUGUAUACAUUUCGUUAUAUGUUGUUACAGGUAUAUUUGUUAUAAAGAAAUUCUAGUCGGCUUGGCACCUACAAGUUUGCGUUAUAUAAGAAAAACAACUUUUAAGCGUUGAUUUUAUUAAGAAUAUUUAUAAAAACGUCAAGUUUUUACUACCCAUCACGAACGGUUUGACUGAAGGUAUCAGUAUUCAGGCAUUAUCAUAAUUUUGGGAUCUCGGUGAUAAAAAAAAAAAUUGAUGUGAUUACUUUAUAACACAGUGAUUCUAUUAUGUAAGCCAAUUACGGUUUUUGUUUUCUGAAAGUUAUCUGAUUGUUUAGGUUAAGUACUAACAGCAUUUGUACACUAUAAGGUAAACAACAGUGCAGGACGUGUUUUAUCAAUGUUGUGAGUAUGCAUUAAAAGUUGUUCUGUU